ACUCACUAGUCUUCACAAGCCUUUUCUCUGUUGUGUUACUUCUCUUUCUUGUUAUUUUCCAGAUCUUGACAUUUAGAAAGAGGAAGCAGAGGUGCUUUUCAUACAUCAGCUGUCUGGAAGCACAGUAAAACUCACAGCUUGUGUAAUCAGAAAUACUACUUUGAGAAAGGGACAGGAAGCCUCAGAGGCUGGAGAGCAGAGCAGCGAGACUGUUCUGAGAGGAAGAGCCUGUAGGAAGUUCUGGCUGAGGGCUUCCCCACAGUGAGCUGGCGCACCAGCUACAACACACAGGACUGGGCUGCAAGAACAGGUCAAGCCUUAGGUCCCAACUGGGUUCACUGCCUUUCCCAGCACCACCAGCAUCAUCAGCACCAGCAGCAUCACCAGCAUCACCAGCACCAGCAGCAUCACCAGCAUCACCAGCACCAGUAGCAUCACCAGCACCACCAGCAUCACCAGCACCACCAGCACCACCAGCAUCACCAGCACCACCAGCAUCAUGCUAUCACUGCUCAAGACAAAGGGAGCCUUUGACACCUUCACUUCAAAGGGCAUCAUUAUCCCCAAGGGAGGAAAACCUCAACACGCCUACCAAAAAGAAGAUAACCUGCAGGACCGUCUGCAAAGAGAAGCCACCGUUCUUGGAACCAUCCAGAUCAUGUGUUGCCUGGUGAUUUCAAGUGUGGGAGCCACUUUGGUUUCAGCUCCCCACUCUCCCCGCUUCAGUCCAGCAGUUUCCACCAUUCUGAUGUCCGGGUACCCAUUUUUAGGAGCUCUGUGUGCCACAAGCAGCCUGACCUCAAAUGCCGUGAGCUCUGUGGCUGCUGGAGCAGGCCUCCUCCUCCUCAUGGACAGCCUGGUAGCCCUGGGGACUGCCUCUCAGCAGUGUGACUCAGAAAAGGAUUAUCUAUCCUCCUUGCCUUAUUCGGAGUACUAUUAUUCAACAGUCAAGGACUGUCUUCUGACCAGUGCCAGUCUAACAGGUGCUCUGGUGGUGAUGCUUAUCUUCACGGUGCUGGAGCUCUUACUGUCCGCAUAUGCUUCUAUCUUAUGGUGGAAACAGGUCUACUCCAACAACCCUGGGUGUGCAUUCUCCUUGUCUCAGUCAUGAGAUCAUAUCCAACAUGGCAAAAAGAGUUCAAGGUCACAGAUACGAAUAACUCUUGGCCUUAGAGGAUGAAGGAGGAGAAACCUAGUGUUCAUGGCAACAUGUGAUUAGACUCUCCUGAAUUUUCAGCUCCUUUAGCCACUGAAAGAAACAUUAAAAAAAAAAAAAAGAAAAACAAUCCCCAAACAAAAGGAAAUAAAACAAUCGUUUGUCUUCCACUUGCUCAGUUGGAGUAGUUUUAUUGCUCUUGAAAACAAUGUCCCAAAAGCCCGAGUCAUUAAAUGUUAUUAGCUAGUUUUCCAAAUCAGCCGUGAACUUUCUAAACUCCUCUGGGUAAACCAAAAAGAAAGUGUUCAUCUGUCCAUAAAUAGAGAAAAGUGUGCAUUCUUGUGCUAAUUGUCUAAGUCAUGUGGCUCUGCAGGCCUUGUUUCUGUAUUAUCUUUAUAUUCGUAUUGCUUAAAUAUCAGUGAUCAGGGGUUUCAAGAACUUUUUAACUAAAAAAUACUUUAAAAAUACAUGGAGGGGAGGACAUUUUGGGGGUCUGGGGAUGCAAACUGCUAUAUCUAGAAUGGAUGGGCAAUGGGAUCCUACUGUACAGCACAGGGAAAUGUGUGUGAGUGGGUCACUUUGUUGUACAACAGAACUUGGUGAAACGUAAAUCAGCUAUGCUAUAAUAAUAAUAUCUAAAAUUUUAGAAAGAUAAAAAAUGGCUCCACUUUUGUCAACUGAAUGAUUUGAAUUUCAAUUGAGUAUGUCUCAAUAUUCUGUCUCAUUUAAUGACUUUAUUCUUAAACAUCUGGAUUCAAAGAUUCUAAUUAAUAACAAAGUUCUCUCCCAUCUAAGUUCCAGACCAAGUAAAAAGUUAGAUAUAAGGAAUAAAACAAACUUUAUUUCUUACUGGAGUAAAUGACAUGACCUACCCCAUAAGGAGGUUCCUAAUAUUGUCCCCUGGUCUAGGUGUUGGGUCUUAUCCUAGAGGGAAAUGUGAAACAGGAAUGAAUGCACAGUAUGUUUCCCAAAUGAUGUGUACAAAAAAAUGGUUCUAGAAGUGAUACUCACAAUAGCCCCCAAAGGAAAGCAUCGAAAUGCCAACAGUUGAAGGGAGAAACAAACAUUGUUCUAUAGUCAGACAAUGGAGUAACAUACACCAACGCAAGUGAACAAACAACAAUUACAUGCAGCCACAUAGAUAAACAUAAUGUUCAAGGCAGAAAAAAAGCCAUGUAUAAAAAGUACAUGCUGGAGUUGUCCCUUGUGGUACAGUGGGUUAAUUAUCCAUCAUUGUCACUGUCACUGUCAUUGUCACUGGGUCGUUGCUGUGGUGUGGGUUUGAUCCCUGGCCCAGGAACUUCACACGCCAUGGGCAUGGCCAAAAAAAGUACAUGCUGUAAGAUUCCGUGUAUAUAAAGUUUAAACACAAUCAAAACUAAUACACAAUGUCAGAGGAGAGUGGUUACCUUUGGGGGUAAUAAUUGCAAGGGGACCGAGAGGGCCUAUGGCUUCUUGGAGAUGGUCUUUUUCUUAAUCCUGAUGCUGGUCCUUUGCCUAUAUUAUUUGUAUUCUCUGGAUUCUGUGUUAUAAAUGAAUAAAAACAUGUUUUAAACAGUUA